AUGGCUAUGGAACAGUUUGCAGAGCAAUUCGAGACUCGCUAUGCUGAAAAAAUGAGCGACGAAAUUGGGUCAUUGUUUACGAGAAAAAAUAUUUCUUAUGAGAGACAACACUACGAAGUAGUCGAUGCUUACGAAGGAACGCGAGCCAUAGUAAAAAUUCUCUGGGAUACUUUAAAUCAUAUUGAAGAAGAAAAAAAGUUAAAUUUGACUGAGGCAGAAAAAGAAGAA